AUGGCGAACGCCAGCGAGCCGGGCGGCGGUGGCGGCGAGGCGGCCGCCCUGGGCAUCAAGCUGGCUACGCUCAGUCUGCUGCUGUGCGUGAGCCUAGCGGGCAACGUGCUGUUCGCGCUGCUCAUCGUGCGGGAGCGCAGCCUGCACCGCGCCCCGUACUACCUGCUGCUCGACCUGUGCCUGGCCGAUGGGCUGCGCGCGCUCGCCUGCCUCCCGGCUGUCAUGCUGGCGGCGCGGCGCGCGGCGGCCGCGGCCGGGACCCCGCCGGGCGCGCUCGGCUGCAAGCUGCUCGCUUUCCUGGCCGCGCUCUUCUGCUUCCACGCCGCCUUCCUGCUGCUCGGCGUGGGCGUCACCCGCUACCUGGCCAUCGCGCACCACCGCUUCUACGCGGAGCGCCUGGCCGGCUGGCCGUGCGCCGCCAUGCUGGUGUGCGCAGCCUGGGCGCUGGCGCUGGCCGCGGCCUUCCCGCCGGUGCUGGACGGCGGCGGCGGCGGCGACGACGAGGACGCGCCGUGCGCUCUGGAGCAGCGGCCCGACGGCGCCCCGGGCGCGCUCGGCUUCCUCCUGCUGCUGGCCGCGGUCGUGGGCGCCACGCACCUCGUCUACCUCCGCCUGCUCUUCUUCAUCCACGACCGCCGCAAGAUGAGGCCCGCGCGCCUAGUGCCCGCCGUCAGCCACGACUGGACCUUUCACGGCCCCGGCGCCACCGGCCAGGCGGCCGCCAACUGGACGGCUGGCUUUGGCCGCGGCCCCACGCCGCCCGCGCUCGUGGGCAUCCGGCCCGCGGGGCCCGGCCGCGGCGCGCGCCGCUUACUCGUGCUCGAGGAGUUCAAGACGGAGAAGAGGCUGUGCAAGAUGUUCUACGCCAUCACGCUGCUCUUCCUGCUGCUCUGGGGGCCCUACGUCGUGGCCAGUUACCUGCGGGUCUUGGUGCGGCCCGGCGCUGUCCCCCAGGCCUACCUGACGGCCUCCGUGUGGCUGACCUUCGCGCAGGCCGGCAUCAACCCCGUCGUGUGCUUCCUCUUCAACAGGGAGCUGAGGGACUGCUUCAGGGCCCAGUUCCCCUGCUGCCAGAGCCCCCAGGCCACCCAGGCCAGCCUCCCCUGCGACUUAAAAGGCAUUGGUUUGUAAGGGCUCUCGCACCAGGCACACCCGACCCAGCCUUUCCCUUUGGCUUGGACACUGACGUUGUUUCUUCCCCUCUAACCCCCUUUUAAUUGUCUAAGCUGCCUUCAAAAUGACUCAAAGUGGAUUAACACUCGGAUUGUACAGACUCCUCUUAGGGGGUAGGGGAAUUUCCAUUUCCAGCCCCACCCCAGCUCCCCCCAUCGUCCUCCUAAAUAUAUUUUCAUCCUGAAAAUGGGCCCUGGAGUCUUUGUAUUGGUACUGAUGUCUUUUACUCCAUGUUAUUACUUUUGAAAAUAAAGGCUAAACUAAUUUUCUUCAUGCAACGUUUCCUAAAGACCAUGGCCAGUUUUCUACAGAAGCUAUUUUUGACAACCUCAAGUGGCAUUACAUUUUGCGGCGGAGUAAAGAAACCGAGGGGGACUUCACAAGUUGGAUUUCUUGAGGGUCUUCUGUUGGAAGCAGAAGGGGUGGUGGGAGGAAAUUGUCUUAUCCCUCUGAAUUGCCAGCCAUGGGGUCAGUUGUGCUGAUCUGGUUCUUUGACAGUGUUGAAAACUUUGUUCCGAAUUGAAAUUGAAUUUGAAGAGCAGCAGCGGGGUGCCUGGGCAGCGGGCGGUUCCAGCGGCAACAGAGGUUUGUUUCCUGUGUUACUGUGUACAGAAAAUACCGUCAGGGACAGCUUUCAGCACUGCACCGAUCUUGACUGGAAACAUUUCUGUGAAACUGGAGCUUUCAAAAGUUGAAAGGUGUUUUGGUUAGUAGUGGUGUGGAGAAAAUCCAGUGUUGCAUGUUUUUGUCCGUGCGGAUUGUGGGUUACUGCUGGGGGCUCUGAGAAGCAGAGUACUAAAUCGACAUUGUUUAGCUAUUUUUUGCUAAUAAAAAUUAAAAUAAUUUUAUGGAAACAGAUUGUGCUUUGAAGAGCCCAGUUUUAUUCUGGCUUAUGAAACUAAUUUCCACUUUUAAAAUUUUGUUUUGUUCAUGGUAUAAAUGAAUGGCAUAUAAUGAUACUGAACUUCUGGGAAACAAAGUGGU